CCGUGUACAUGGGUUUAGAAAAGAUGAAUCUCAGUACAUUGCCAUGACUUGUAUGCGUUGCCGUGUACAUGGGCUUAGAAAAUAUGAAUCUCAAGUGCAUUGUCAUGACUUUUAUGUAUUAAGUCUAUAUAUAGGGUUAGAGAAGAAGAAUUAGCGAAGCAAUUGCAGUGCAGGGACAACUACUAUAUAUGUGUGUGUGUGUGUGUGUGCGCUGAUGUGUGAAGUAUCAAUUACACAUUUGAGAAGUAAAAGAGAAUUGCUUCCUACAUUUCUCUAAAUAGUUAUAAUAGUCUUUGCACUUUAUAAUCUCUCAUAAUUCUAAUCCGGGAGAGAUUAUUCAAGACAUACGAAGCAACCAUGCGGUCAUUCAUGUUAUUAUCUUUCUUCAUGUUACUGCUCUCACCAUCGAUUGCUACUACUGAAGCUGAUCGGAGGAACCUUUUGGAAAAUGGUCUGGCUCUAACACCCCAAUUGGGAUGGAAUAGCUGGAACCACUUCCGCUGCAAAAUCGACGAGAAACUAAUUAGGGAAACAGCGGAUGCGAUGGUGUCGUCGGGACUUGCAGCAGUUGGAUACGAAUAUAUAAAUUUAGAUGAUUGUUGGGCAGAGCUUAAUAGAGAUUCUCAGGGGAAUUUGGUUCCUAAAGCUUCAACAUUUCCUUCGGGAAUCAAAGCUCUAGCAGAUUAUGUUCAUAGCAAAGGAUUAAAGCUUGGAAUUUAUUCUGAUGCUGGGAAUCUAACAUGUAGCAACACUAUGCCCGGGUCACUAGGAUAUGAAGAACAGGAUGCAAAGACUUUUGCCUCAUGGGGAAUUGAUUACUUGAAGUAUGAUAACUGUAACAGCAAUAAUAUGGGCCCCAAGGAAAGGUAUCAUAAAAUGAGUAAAGCUUUAUUAAGCUCCGGAAGGCCUAUCUUUUUUUCUCUGUGUGAAUGGGGAGAAGAAGAUCCAGCAACUUGGGCUGUAAAGAUUGGAAAUAGUUGGAGAACCACUGGAGACAUUGAAGCUAAUUGGGGAAGUAUCACUUCUCGCGCAGAUCAGAAUGACAAAUGGGCAUCUUAUGCUGGGCCUGGCGGAUGGAACGAUCCCGACAUGUUGGAAGUUGGAAACGGUCGUAUGACAGAAGCAGAAUAUCGUUCUCAUUUUAGCAUAUGGGCAUUAGCUAAGGCUCCUUUAUUGAUUGGGUGUGAUAUUCGAUCCCUCGAUAGUGUGACUUACAAACUACUGAGCAAUAAGAAAGUUAUUGCAGUUAAUCAAGAUAAACUUGGAGUUCAAGGGAAAAAGGUUAAAAAGAAUGGAAAUUUAGAGGUAUGGGCAGGUCCACUUAGUCGCAACAGAGUGGCAUUAGUCCUAUGGAACAGGGGAGCUUCUAAAGCUACAAUUACUGCUCAUUGGUCUGAUAUUGGUUUCAAGCCAACUACCAUUGUGAAAGCACGAGAUUUGUGGGCGCAUUCGACUCAAAGUCCAGUCAAGGGCCAACUAUCAGCUGACGUGGAUUCUCAUGAUUGUAAAAUGUAUGUCCUAAAUCCACAAUAAAAAAAAAAGGAGGCGGCUAUGUAUGUGGUAUUGUAGCAUCCAACCGAACAAGAGAAGAUUGUGAAUUUGUGAUUUUGAACAAAUUCAAUGCAUAUAAAAUGCAAUAAUGUAUUGUUGAGGUCUACGUGGAUCUGUAUUUUUUUAUGUUA